AUGUACGCUGCUCGUGUCGCCGCCCGACCCAAGUUGGGAUUGAACAUCUCUGCUGCGCAGACUGCUCCCCGACCGACACUGUCACUCAAGUCACCUGGUCCUAUGCCUCGCACUCCCAUCUCUCCAGUGCCUACAGCGAGUCUGACAGCUCAGAGAUUCUCAACUCUUCAGGUACCAACAUAUGGCUACACCAACUCAUGCUCGUCGAAGAGCAUUCUCAAGAAACAGCAGUCAUCGCACUCAGGUGCUGCCGGAAAGCGCAUUCAAUUCAAGGGUACACCGACAGUCUACUGUGUGACACCUAUUGAAAAUCCAGACGAGUACUACGGCACACAUACAAAGAUCUCUCGAGAGGAAAGACGAUGGGCUGUUCGCGAUGACGACACAUCAGUGGCAAUUGUGGAAAAAAUGAAUGAAAUAUCAGGCGCCAACAAUGCGAGAGUUCAUUUCCUUGAAAACAUCACAUGCGAUUCACGAGCGCAUCGCGGCAUCCAUCCGAUUUUAGCCCUCGAAUCACACCAGAAGAACCUCGCGAGUCUUGUCCACAAAGCCCUCGGAUUCUUGCCUGCCUCAAACGAUGGUGAUAAAUCGAUAAUCCUUACCGAUGGAUCAAGUCGUCAGCGACCCGAUUUCAUUUCGGCAACCCGAGGACCCGGAAUGCGUUCCAACCUGUCAGUCGGGCUCGACACCGGGAAAGCUCUCUCGGUUGCAUGGCAAAUACCCAUGGUCGGGGUUCAUCAUAUGCAAGCACACUUGUUGACCCCUCGGCUGGUAUCAUGCUUGAACAAAGACAAUGAUACAGAGACACCGGGGGCCGUGAACCCUCAAUUUCCAUUCCUGUCUAUUCUUGUAUCGGGCGGUCACUCGAUUCUAGUGCACUCCAAGUCUCUAACAGACCACACGAUCAUGGCCUCUAGUGAUGAUAUUGCGAUGGGUGAAACUCUGGACAAGGCGGCUCGCGAAAUCCUUCCUCCGGAUUUGCUAAAGGAGGCGAAGAACACCAUGUACGGCAAAACUUUGGAACAGUUUGUUUUCCCCAAUGGCCCGGCAGAUUUUGCGAACUACCGCCCCCCAAUGAAUCGGGGCGAGGAGGUGAUCAAGCGAAAAAGCUCAUGGGGCUGGAGUGUGACUACGCCAUUUGCAAAUACCCGGGCACUGCAACUCAGCUUCUCGUCCGUCGCGAGUAUGGUAAACAAAAUUGUGAAAGACCGGGAGGGUCAACUCUCUCAUGAUGAGCGUCUCGACCUUGGACGAGAGGCAAUGCGUGUUUGCUUUGAACACCUCGCGUCGCGAACUAUUAUUGCGCUGGAUGCUCUUCGCCUGACACACCGCGAUGAAGACGAGAUCAAGACACUCGUUGUGAGUGGUGGCGUGGCGGCAAAUAAGUUCCUGAUGGCCGUUCUACGUUCGUUCUUGGACGUGCGCGGAUUUGAGCACAUGAAGAUUGUUGCGCCUCCCCCAUAUUUGUGUACUGACAAUGCAGCUAUGAUUGGAUGGGCAGGCAUUGAAAUGUUCGAGGCUGGUUGGCGGUCAGACCUUAGUUGUCGCGCUCUCCGCAAAUGGACCCUUGAUCGACAAGCCGAUGACGGUGGAGUUUUAGGGCCGGGUGGGUGGAUUAUGGAUGGAACAGCUCUUUAA